CCUCCCGCCAGGGGAAGGCGGAGGACGGAAUGAAGCAAAUUCAUUCGUCCCUUCAUGUCAUCGGCAUGUGCUCCGCUUUCGCAACCCCGCCAGUGCACAUAAAAAAAGGCUGUCCCGCUACCGGAGCCAAUUGCAAGGGUGUGUCAUUUCUCGACUGCAAGGCUUCAACUUGCCAUUCAAGUGACCAAGUAUGGAUGACCACCAGCAGUACAAGGCAGACCCUUCGCAGGUGGUCAAAAGUGAGUCAAAAGGCUCUCCAUAUAGCAAUUGGGUCGUACAGAAGUUUGGGGGCACCAGCGUUGGAAAGUUCGCUUUGAAUAUUAUCGACCAAGUGGUAUUACCGAGUCUUCUGGAACAUCGCGUGGCUAUAGUCUGCUCGGCACGAAGUAGUUCAACCAAAUCUGCAGGCACUACGAACCGUUUGUUGCGAGCAGCGCGGGACGCAGAGGACGCUCUAUCACAACAGUAUGCCUCCCUUGUUGAGGCAGUCCGCUUGGAACAUACCCAGGUAGUCGACAACCAAAUCCAAUCUACGGUGCUCAAGUCCCGUCUUGUUUCAGAAAUAAACAACGAAUGCGACAAGGUUCUCAGAGUCCUGGAGGCUGCACAGACAUUAGGGGAAAUCAGUGCACGAUGUGUGGAUAAAGUUAUUAGCACUGGGGAGAAAUUGAGCUGUCGGCUUAUGGCAGCUUAUCUUCAAGACCGAGGGGUAGAUUCGCAGUACGUGGAUCUUGCUGAGAUUAUUGAUUUCCCAAUCUCGAACCAGGGUCUUGACCAGGAAUUUUACAAUAACCUCGCCGCUGCUCUUGGCAGAAAAAUUCGAGCCUGUGAGAACAAAGUCCCGGUUGUGACUGGAUUUUUUGGAACUGUCCCUGGAGGUCUUCUAGAUCAGAUCGGCCGUGGCUACACCGAUCUCUGUGCUGCUCUUGUUGCUGUUGGGAUAAAUGCCAAGGAACUCCAAGUCUGGAAGGAGGUUGAUGGAAUAUUUACUGCAGACCCUCGAAAGGUGCCCACCGCACGUCUUUUGCCUGCAAUAACGCCAGCCGAAGCAGCGGAGUUGACAUUCUAUGGCUCUGAGGUAAUUCACCCCUUUACCAUGGAACAAGUCAUUCGCGCCAAGAUCCCGAUUCGCAUAAAGAACGUUAUGAACCCAAGAGGGGAUGGCACGGUUAUCUUUCCGGACUCCACAUUUGAAUUGGAAAAAACGACCCCAGGCCAUGAUCCAAGACUAUUCCGUACCCGAAGCCCCAGUCUUAUGCAACGGCCCAAACGCCCUACAGCUGUGACGAUUAAGCACAAGAUUCUGGUCAUCAAUGUACACUCCAACAAGCGCUCACUUUCACAUGGAUUCUUCGCCGGAAUAUUCUCUGUCCUUGACCGAUGGAGACUCUCAAUCGAUCUGAUUUCCACAAGUGAGGUCCAUGUAUCAAUGGCUCUUCACUCGGAAAUGCCUCUGCUCAAUGGGGUUGGAAGAGAUGAAUACCAAGUCAUUGAUGAGGAUCUCAAAGGUGCUUUACGCGAUCUACAGAAAUAUGGCACAGUUGACAUCAUCCCGGAGAUGGCAAUUCUCAGUCUUGUUGGAAAGCAAAUGAAGAAUAUGAUUGGAGUUGCUGGCCGGAUGUUUUCUACACUCGGCGAGAACAACGUCAAUAUAGAGAUGAUUUCCCAAGGCGCAAGUGAGAUAAACAUCUCGUGUGUCAUUGAAGAAAGAGACGCUGAUCGUGCUUUAAAUAUCAUCCACACCAGCAUGUUCACAUUCUUAGACUAAAAAUUCUUUCCAUCUUUUCCCAUACUACUCCUUUGUACUAAAUUCCAGGUAUUCUGUGUCAGCCCCUUUAAUGCUAUGAUAUCCACUGUGAACUAUAUGUCUCCGAAAACUACAAAAAUCACAUGCAUGUAAACAGCGAUAACAGUUGCUUUCAAGUAUGUUCUGGUUGCAUGUGUGUCUAAGGCAGUCAGCUUUCUGUUUUUUCCCCCUUGAUUUUUCUUCUUGCUUCACUUUUUCAUAGCCUCGGUUUUCCACGCACUGGCGCUUUAGAUUGAUUAGGUUGGAUAGAAUCGCUUACUGUGAUUGAUUUAUCCUUCUCCCAGCUUCUCCUGCUCCAUGAAUGUUUCCUCUCUCCCCUCGACUUAUUCGUAAGCCCCAUCUCUCAACCGCGUUUGAUUUUUACUUCUAAAGAUAAAUAUUGAGUUGUUUUUUCUUAUCUCCUCAUAUUUAGAUCGGGAAAGGCCACGUGGCGGAUUA